UUAUGAAAUUAUAACAAAAUUAUUACCGUAGGCUACCUAUAAAUAAGCGAAGUUUACUUCUUAGAUAUCCAAUCAGUAUAGACCAACCCAUAACUGAUAUAACACUCAUUAGACAAAGGGGAUAAAUGAAAAAUUAGUGGUUUUUUUAAAGCACAACUUAAAAACAAAGAUGUGUAAAAUAUUGUUUUACAUCGUGGUACUCGUUGCGGUGGCCAAGGCAUCACCUCAAAGUUCAGACGAUUUAACUUUAGAAGACAUGACGGAGGUCAAUUUUUUCAACAAAAUUGGAAUGUUGGUUAGCAAAUACAAGCUUGAGUUAAAUAACAAAGGGGAAACCAUUUCAGGAAAAUUGUUGCAAAUUGGCAAAUUGUUAAAUUUGUAUAAACCAAAAUGUCCACCGUGCAGUUGUGGGGCUUUAGGUUCCAAUGUGAAAAUAGUCGGUGGGGAAGAAGUGGAGUACGCUCAUAAAUAUCCUUGGAUGGCUUUGCUAUUAAAAAACGGUCAAUUCAAUUGUGGUGGUUCAUUAAUCAACGACAAAUACGUAUUAACAGCCGGUCAUUGUGUAGAAACUUUAAAAGCAAGUGAUUAUAAAGUACGACUUUCUGUACAUGAUCGUAAUACAGACAUCUUUGAGGAAUACGAUGUGAAGAAAAUUAUAAGGCAUAAAAGUUAUGACAAUUACGGAGUAGCACCGUUAAACGACAUAGCCUUAAUUCGACUGGACACUGAUGGUGUGAAAAUAAAUAACGAUGUUCAUCCGGUUUGCAUGCCGGAAAAAGGACUUAGUUAUGCUACCGUUGUAGGCGUAGCCACUGGAUGGGGACUGACGGAAGGAAGUAAUAUUAGUCCACCGAGGGUCUUACGUGAAGCUGAACUUUAUUUAUUGGACAACAGUGUGUGUGGGCCAUAUUAUUUCAAUAUUAUCACCCCAGAUAUGGUGUGCGCAGGCAUGAGAGACGAGGGUAAAUCCACGUGCAAUGGUGACAGUGGCGGGCCUUUGACGGUUUCUAACGGUUCAGUUCAUCAUCUUGUUGGUAUCACCUCUUUUGGUAAGACAGGUUGUCGAUCACCUCCGUCAGUCUACACUAGAGUUUCUAAAUACCUGGAUUGGAUAAAGGCAAACACAAAGGACGCUUGUCCGUGUCACGACAAUUAUGCGGAGUAGAUGCAAUGAUGUUAUUUGUACAUUUUAAAAAGUAUAAGUGUUGAUGGGAAUUUAUUGAAGUGACAACUGUUGUAAAAAAUAAACAUUUAGAAAAAAAAAAAUUACUGUAAUUAUAAGCGGGAUUCAAAAAAUUAUUUAUGAUGCCUGCAGUAUUAUUUGCUAGACAAUUCAUUGCAUCUAUUCCAAUACAAAAUAAUCAUUUUAUGAACAUAACAUAUUAUUACACAGCAUAACUAAGCAUUUUUAACUACACAAUUUAGCACGGGCAAGUUGUAAAAAAAAAUUUCCCAUAAGAAAUCUGUACAAUUUUAGUGGAAGUAAAUAA